AUGGGGAUUAUUGACAACCAUCUGUGUCUACUUUAUGGAAUACAUGAGGAAAUAAGUCAACAUUUAUUCUUUGAUUGUGUAUAUAGUCGUAUAUGCUGGAACAUUAUAAAAAACUGGUUGAAUUGGAAUCUAAUUGAUAAAUUGCAUAACAUAACAAGGUGGAUUGGUAGAGGUAAAUCGAGUAAAUUUAAGCAGCUAGUUUAUUCUGCUAUGGUGGUGGCUACGGUGUACCAAAUCUGGAAGAUCAGGAAUGAGGUUCUAUGGAACGACAAGUUGAUAACACCUGAUAGAGGAAUUAAGCAGAUUAAAGAUAUUGUCAAGAAUAGAAUAAGAAAUAUAAAUAGUACCAAGUAUAGUUUAGUUGAUAAAUGUUGGUAUAACAAUUUAUAG